AUGAUUGACCAACGUAUUUUUGAGAGUCUCCAGACGAAGAUCGACGAGGAGACUGCCGUCCGGGAUCCUGUGCUUGACGACGUCACCAAGGAAAUCCUCGCGCAGAAGGAAGAGGUCACUCGCCUGAAGGCCGUGGCAGACCAACAUCCCUUCUACAAGUACAACGGACUAUGGAGCCGUGAGCUGCAAAACCUGGUCGCCUCUAUUGAGCUUUGCGCAUGGCUGGGAGGACUGCAGGAGCACAAGGGACCCAGCUCAACAUCUUUCAUGACCAUCGAGGAUGUGGGCAAGUUCCUGGACAUUCCUGUCAACCUAAAAGAGCAGGAUGCCUUCCAUUUGACGAUCGAGGAGUACCUAUUGGCAGUGAUUGCCAUGGUUGAGGAACUGGUUCGUUUCUCCAAAUCUCAGAGCUUUUCUGUCUGGUCACAUCUAAUUCGUUCCCAGGCUCGCUUGGCUGUCAACUCAGUCACCCUGGGUGAUUACACCCGUCCUAUGCAGAUUGGCAACUUUGUCAAGGAGUUGUUCGCAGGGUUCCAGCUAUUGAACUUGAAGAACGAUAUCCUGCGCAAGCGCAGCGACGGUAUCAAGUACAGCGUCAAGAAGGUCGAGGAUGUGGUCUACGAUCUCUCGCUACGGAAUCUGGUUCCCAAGGGUGCUUCCUCUGCUUGA